AUUGAAUACAUUUUUAAUGCAAAGCAUUGACUGAAAAACAAUCGAUUGUUUUGAAAGUAAUUGUAAUUAAAAAACAAACAGAAAAUCAUUUCGUAAUCAAAGACAUGAACCGUUCAUACGAUGGCCGCGACAAUAGAUAUCGGGACACAACCCGACGGGACGAAAGUCGCGAUCGGCGACAGUCUUCCACUACAACAUCUUCGCCAUCAAUUAAGCGGAUGAAGACAUCGCAAAACAGUGGCAGUCAGUCGUCGUCGACUAAAAUAGUGGCCAACAGUCAGAAAGAGAGCCGACCGGCCAAUAAUGAGCCCAAAAUUGAUGUCUUGAAGCUAUCGAUGGAAGCCAUGAAAGCCGAAGAAGACGAGGCCAUCAAUAACUCGAGCGCCGAACAGGAUCUCAAAGAGUUUCGACUCAGAUGUAACUCAAUUCGCGAUAUUUGUAACCAAAUUCUUGAGGCGAAGAACACGAAUGAUACCAAACAAUUGAAUUCAUUGCGAGUCAAGGGUUGUCUUCAUUUUUUAGCUUUAAAAACAUUGAACCGAUGGGACAAAUAUCGAUGUCGUGACGCCAAAGAUAAACUACAAGUUGCCAAACAAAAGGUCGACUGUUUUCAUCUGCAGCUCCAGAAUAUGUUGUAUGAAGUGAUGCAUUUGCAGAGAGAGGCCAACACUUGUCUAUCGUUUCACUCCAAAGAUGAAGACAUCGAUUUAAUUGAAUUACAAGAGUUUAAAACAGUGGCCGAUGAAGAUCUACUAGAAAAGUCAACUAAUCCACACUCAACACAUUUGGCUCGACUUGAAUGGGAAUUAAGACAACGAAAACAAUUGGAAGUGCAAUUGAAAAAAGCUGAAGAAGUUAAGAACCAAUGUUCUCAAGAGAUUGUUGUCAAACGAGAAACUCUCGAUAAAUUGCAACCUAUGUUGAAGUCGAUCGUUGAGGCGACACAACCGCUCUAUUCUGAACUGAAUCUUCCUCUUCAAGUCAGUGAUGUCACACACGCUAUGGCACAAUAUCUCUCGCGACCUCUUUAUGUACUAUAUGUACAACUUAUAUCAUAUAAACACGCGACUCGUUCAAAGUUUUCUGUUAAAAUCAAUGGCACUAUCGAUGACGUGAAGACAUUUGAGUUAAAUACAAAAGCAGAAGAAGAGGAGGAAAAUGAAGAACAAGAAGAUGAAGAAGUGUCGACUCGAAGGAGUAAGAAAUCCCGUCACAGAAAGUCUAUUUCACAUUCAAAUAAGACAUCACUUUUAAACAAAUUGAUUGCAUGCCAUCCAUUGACUGUUGAAUUAAAGUUUACAUCAAAUGAAUCCACACUUAAAUGUGUUUUCAGUUUUGUUUUACGUCUUGAGAUAAUAUCACUCAAAGUGAUUGUCGAACAAAAGGAAUCUAUUAAUCAUUUUGAAGUACUUAAUCAAUCACUUCUAACAAACCUAUUGACUACUAAAGAUGAUAGUCAUUAUUCGCCGAAUCCAUCCAAUGAUCACACAAUUAAAGCCUAUGGAGUUCAAGAGUUUAGUUCAUUAGUGGAUCAAUUAGGCUUUUCUUAUAAAUGGUGUCAACAGAUAUCAGGACUUGAUUUCAUCUCAAGUAAUGCUAAAAAUAUUUCAAAUUCAGUUUCUGUUAAUUCAAUGGAUCAGACAAUCAAAGCUAUUUCAAGAAGAUUUGAGUCAAGACUAGCUCUUCAGAAACAACUUUGUAAUUUGGAUACCAAUUACAUUGAUUUGCCGAAUGAGAUAACAUUAAAGUCUUGUCCACAGGCGGUGUCUAAUAUCAAAGAAUUUAAAGAGAUUACAAGCGAAUACUUUUAUAGUUUGUGUCAAAUAAAUGAUUCAAUAGUUAUGGAUUCACUCGAUGUCGACAAUAGUUUUAUAUAUCUGGCAACCGUUGAACGCGGAUCGACAUCACUGAAGGCACUUAUUCUUUUACCAUUAGAUUAUCCAACGAAUCCACCAUUUUUUCAUUUAUCAAUUGGCAAUCAAUCGCAUGAUAAUAAUAAAACUUCACUAAGAGAUUUGGAACAAUUGAUCAAUUGUUGGUGUCCACAAAAUUGCCAAAAAUCAUAUCAAUCAUUAUUACUGUCGUUUCAAAUCUAUAGAUUGCGACUCGGAUUUGAUAUGUUUGUUGAAAAUAGUCAAUCGAUAACUGCAGACAUUGAAGGACCCAAAGAAUUUUCAUCGAAACUAAUGACCAGUAAAUAUAUGACAGGACGUGACCAUUGCAUUGCUUAUUAUUAAAACACAUUUAUAUA